AUGGGGUCCUCCGAUACUUUCCCGACACUAGAGUCCCUUCAUUUCCCGUCGGCGCAGCUGUCAAUCUCCCAGACGCUUUCGUCUCUGCGUCAAUCAGCGCUGUCCGUCGCCAACCGGCUCCAGUCUAUUGAGACCGAUGCCGCUUUUGCGCAGGAGGUCGCUGACCACUAUGGUUUACCUCUGGUCGCUAAUGAGCGCUGUGGAAGCUGGUAUAUCCCGCCUACGGCCAAGGCUGGCAGUGCUUAUUUCAAAAGCACCGAUGGUCAUACCGUGAUGCCCGACGCAUUAUCAAAAACCGUCCCAAUCUGGAGCGCCGUCCUCAACAGAGCCCUGUUCCCAUCCGCAACUGCAUAUCACCCAGUCCGCCUUCCACCCGAUUACCUGGGCGCAUCGGAAGAAGCGCAAAUCGAGAACCGAAUCGAAGGAUUCGUGCAUUCACUAAAGAGCCUAAAACUCGAUCUGGAUAAUCUGCGCCAGCAACUCGGCAAACCAAUCGAGAUCGCGUGGGCAAACAGGACAUAUUUCCACCCGCAAGAUCUGCACAAGGGCGAUGAGUACAAUCUGCUCGUACUAUGCUCCGCUUCGAGGCGCGUGCAUGGCGCUGAAAUGUCUGAGGGUGGAUACAUCCAAGGCGCGGGUGAUGAUAGCGAGGCAUGGGCACAUGGCCUGACGCCGCCAGUGUUCUGGGCCAACCAGGAUGUUUUGAAGAGGACACCUGAAGAUGAAUUGCCGGAGCUUAUUGCGCGGCUGGUGGCUGAGCAUAAGCUGCUAGAUGUAGCUCAGGACGCGGCGCUCAUUUCUCCCACGCGCAAUUUAUACAUUGGCUCGGGGGCCGGGGUUGAUGCUGGAGAUAAGUAUGAUCUUGUCAUUGACUGCAAUGCAAGUCCUGCAGCUGCGGAAGGCAAUUCGAAGAGGCUCAAUUUGGGCUGCGAUUCUGGGAAACUGGGAAGCCGGGAUCUACGGAAAUGUCUGGAUAAGGUGCGUGACUUUAUCGGCGCCCGUCUUGGGGCGGAUUCGUCGCUGUCGGUACUGGUUACAUGCGAGAAUGGGAAGGAUCUUUCGGCAGGGACGCUUCUGGCGAUCGUUUGUCUGUUUUAUAAUGACGAGGGCCACUUCGAUGCCUCACUGAGCAAGCGUGCGAUCAGCAAGCAGUUCAUUCGACAGCGCCUAGCCUGGCUCGUGUCGUCGAAACAUGACGUGAACCCGUCUCGCGCCACGCUUCAAUCUGUCAAUGCUUUCCUGAUGCAGCCGCCGGAUUAUUGA